CUCACCCCUUUGGCUUUGGUCGUCAACCUUCAUCAGAAAUCCGCAUCCCCCUCAUUUUGUGCGGCCACUGGAGCUCAAUCAUCGUCAAGAUGGCUCCAGCGCGGGAUACUCCGUUCCGCUCAGCGCACAUGAGCAUGGUGCAGCUGUACAUCUCCAACGAGAUUGGCAGGGAGGUGGUUAACGCUUUGGGAGAACUUGGCUUGGUCCAGUUCCGAGACCUUAAUGGCGACGUUAGUGCCUUCCAGAGGGCCUUUACCCAGGAGAUUCGACGCCUCGACAAUGUCGAACGCCAGCUUCGCUACUUCUAUGCCCAGAUGGAGAAAGUCGGCAUUCCUCUACGGAAGCUCGACCUUGAUGUCGAAACUCUAGCUCCGCCGACGACCACGGAGAUCGAUGAACUCGCUGAGCGAAGCAAGAGCCUUGAGCAACGAAUUUCUCAGCUCAACGACAGCUACGAAACCCUGAAAAAGCGAGAGGUCGAACUCACAGAGUGGCGAUGGGUUCUGCGAGAGGCUGGUGGAUUCUUUGACCGAGCCCAUGGCAACGUCGAAGAACUUCGAGCUUCUACGGACAACGACGACGCCCCGCUCCUGCAGGAUGUCGAGCAGAACCACCAAGCUGCCGAUGCCGAGCGAUCAUUUUCCGGAAUGAACAUUGGCUUCGUAGCUGGAGUCAUUGCUAGGGACCGCGUUGGCGCUUUCGAGAGAAUCCUUUGGCGGACUCUGAGGGGCAACUUGUAUAUGAACCAAUCCGAGAUUCCCGAGCCGUUGAUCGACCCCACCAACAACGAACCUAUCCAGAAGAACGUCUUCGUCAUUUUCGCUCACGGUAAGGAGAUCUUGGCCAAGAUUCGCAAGAUUUCCGAGUCCAUGGGCGCCGAAGUUUACAACGUGGACGAGAAUGGUGAUCUCCGAAGGGACCAGAUCCACGAGGUUAAUGCCAGGCUUAAUGAUGUCCAGAAUGUCCUACGGAACACGGAACAAACUCUUGGUGCGGAGCUUAGGCAGAUUUCGCAGUCGAUAUCUGCCUGGAUGGUCCUCAUCACUAAGGAGAAAUCUGUGUACAACACCCUGAACCUCUUCUCAUACGAUCGAGCCCGGCGCACUCUGAUCGCGGAGGGUUGGUGUCCUACCAACGAUCUGCCUCUGAUCAGAUCUACGCUCCAAGACGUUAAUAACAGGGCUGGACUGUCGGUUCCGUCGAUCAUCAAUGAAAUCCGAACCAACAAGACCCCUCCCACCUACCUGAAGACGAACAAGUUUACGGAGGCGUUCCAGACCAUUGUCAACGCUUACGGCACCGCGACAUAUCGAGAGGUGAACCCAACGAUACCGGUCAUCGUCACCUUCCCCUUCCUUUUUGCCGUCAUGUUCGGAGAUUUUGGCCAUGCCGUGAUCAUGCUCACGGCUGCGCUAGCCAUGAUCUACUGGGAGAAACCUCUCAAGAAGGUCACGUUCGAGCUUUUCGCCAUGGUCUUUUAUGGUCGGUACAUCGCCCUCGUCAUGGCCGUGUUUUCAAUAUAUACCGGCCUCAUAUACAACGAUGUCUUCUCAAAGCCUUUCACCUUCUUCGACAGCGCCUGGAAGUGGAAUGUUCCGGAAGGAUAUAAGGGAGGAUCCUCGAUCCAAGCCACCUUGAAGGAUCCUCCCCAGAGAUACCCCUUCGGACUCGACCCCAUGUGGCACGGCAGCGAGAAUGACCUCCUCUUCUCCAACAGUUUGAAGAUGAAGAUGAGCAUCAUCCUAGGAUGGGCGCACAUGACCUACUCGCUCUGCUUCUCGUAUAUCAACGCAAGGCAUUUCAAGAGGCCUAUCGAUAUCUGGGGCAAUUUCGUUCCGGGGAUGAUCUUCUUCCAGGCCAUCUUUGGGUAUCUUGUUAUGUGUAUCCUCUACAAGUGGACUGUCGACUGGGUCACCCUCGAGAGGCAACCUCCUGGUCUUCUCAACAUGUUGAUCUACAUGUUCCUCCAGCCGGGGACCCUGGAUGUGCGACUCUAUCCUGGCCAGGAGUACGUGCAGGUCGUUCUCCUGCUACUUGCAUUCAUACAGGUCCCGAUACUUCUAUUCCUCAAACCUUUCUAUCUUCGCCGGGAGCACAACCGUGCCAGGGCCAGGGGAUACCGCGGAAUUGGCGAGAGAUCCCAUGUCAGCGCCCUGGACGGCGACGAUGAAGAGGAAGAGAACGGCCAUGCGAUAGACGGCCGGCACAGCAUGGGUAGCGAAGAUGAGGGUGUUGCUAUGAUCACGCACGACCUGGGCGAUGAAGAAGAGCACGAGGAGUUCGAGUUUGGCGAGGUCAUGAUCCACCAAGUCAUUCACACCAUCGAGUUCUGCCUGAACUGCGUGUCCCAUACCGCAUCCUAUCUUCGUCUCUGGGCGCUUUCAUUGGCGCAUCAACAGCUCUCGGCGGUGCUUUGGUCCAUGACGCUUGGCCCGGCGCUGAAGUCGACUGGAUUUGGCGGCGCUCUUUACAUUGUUGCCAUGUUCUACAUGUUCUUCAGCUUGAGCUGUAUCAUCCUCAUUGUCAUGGAGGGUGUGUCUGCAAUGCUCCACUCGCUCCGUCUCGCCUGGGUCGAGUCCUUCUCAAAGUUCGCCGAGUUCGGGGGUUGGCCGUUUGCUCCGUUCUCCUUCAAUCAGAUUCUGGAGGAGUCGGACGAGUUGAGCGAGUACAUGGGAUGAUGACUCCCAUUCUCUUCUCAUAUGUAAUUCUAGAUAGUGACUUGCAUUUGUCCGGUGUAUAAUGCUAUAGCAUAGCCGAGUGUAGACCAACGCUGAGCCCGUUAAUCUACAACUGUUGGAUUUCGUCUUGUUGACCCUGAUAAGCAUUUUGAUCCUAGUGUGUGUGUGGCUUGACGUUGGGGAGAGAUUCCCAAUCCUUCCAGUGUGCUCUGCAAUAGAUUCGACACUGCAGCCAUGGAUAACGGUCCUGUCAAACCGUUCAUAUACCUCAACUACUUUCGAGCAUGUCCAUGAAACCAGGCUGAGGUACGUCCACAUUGUACCUGGAACAUAGAAUCCACGAGGCUUGGUGUACAUACCACGGGCGAAGCCUCCUUGGAAUGAGGUAUCAAAGGAUACAGCCAAUCGACGGGGGAGCCUCGUAUCUUGCGUGAUUAUAAAAUACCGCAGACAGACAGGUUUCACAGUCGGCGGGUAUUUCACCUGAAGCUCUCGACCCC